UUGAAGCUGUCAAUUCAGAACAAAGGCCCUGUCAUUGGUGUUAUAGAAUUGAAGUUGGACUAUACCUUUCCUGACACAAUUGUUCGAGGCAUAGGACGUCCACUCGAGGCUGAAGAUGUUGCUCGCCUUGGCCUUCAGCCAGUCCCCGACCCCUAUGAAACAGCUUCUGAUGAGGAGAAAGGGAAUGGGGAAGAGCAGGAGCAAGAGGGAGAGGAAAAGAAAAGGAAACCACACCCAAAGCCGCACCAUGAUGCCUCAAAAGUUCCGACCAGCCUUCAUGCUUUGUGUCUCAUGGGGUACAAGAAAAUUGAUGGCAGGGAGUGCUUCCUUGCCCAAGACAAUCAGGGGACAAGCUUCGGCGAUGAAGGAUUCAAGAUAAUAGACUUGGAGGCGCUCAAGUAUGUUAUGACUACGAAACUAGCUUGGGCACCUAAAGAGUAGAAUAUUGAUUAGUUGGUCGCUAAACUGGGCAGGCACGGAUUUAGGUAGAGAAGUGGGGGACUAGGAAUUGGUGGGAACAGAGCUACUUGGUGUAGUGUUUUGGGGAUGUAGAAACCAUAGUAUUAACUCUUUGUUAUUGAGUUCCCACUUUUACCACAUAUAUACAUAUGCUAACAAAAGUAUGGCGGUGCAUAUUGGGUUCUGAUUAGAAAAUUUUGUCGUGGGAAGGAUAUAGAAAGAGCUGUAACGAUUAAGAACACAACAGAUGCUACUUACUGCUCAUUUGUUUCCCC